AUGUCAGUGGAAAACACCAGCUUUGUAAAGGAUUUUGUCAUAGUCGGCUUUCCUGGACUUCAGCCUCAUUAUUAUGGCCUUGUAUCGGCACUUCUCUUCUUUGUUUAUUUAUUAACCCUUAUGGAAAAUGCUGUGUUUUUCACAUUGUUUGUAAUAACAAAGAGCCUUCAUAGGCCUGUAUAUUACUUUGUUAUAAAUCUAGUUGUGUGUGACGUACUAUUCAGCACCACAAUGUUACCAAAGAUAAUUAGUAAGUAUUGGUUUCAAGAUGGAACCAUUUCAUUCUUGGGUUGUUUUGUUCAGAUGUUCUUUGUGAAUUAUUUAGGUGGUGUUAUUUCAAAUGUUCUGGCAGUAAUGGCUAUAGAUCGCUAUGCAGCAAUCUGUUACCCACUGCAAUAUCACAACAUCAUGACAAAUAGAAAUAUGCUCAUUUUGAUUCUUGGCUGUUGGAUAUUGAGUUUAGCAGGACCCCUAAUGCUAGUCAUCCGUGCUUACCCUCUCCCUUACUGUGCAGAAAACAGCAUUAUACACUGUUACUGUGAGCAUGUGUCUGUUACAACACUCGCAUGUAGUGACAGAUCACUGUAUAGUAUUCCAGCCCUCAUUUAUGCCCUUGUAGUGCUGAUGGGAUCCUUUGCUAUCAUUGUUUUUUCUUACUGCUCCAUCUUUGUAGCAGUUAUGCGAAUUUCAGGUAAUCAAGGAAGAAUGAAGACUUUCUCCACCUGCAGUCCUCAUCUCAUCAUAAUUGCUCUCUAUUUUAUACCCAAGUGUUUCUUGUAUUUGUUUGGCAACAUUGGUAUAAAGUUCAGCACUGAUUUGCGAUUACUCAUUAAUGUGAUGUCUAACUUGCUUCCACCCAUGAUAAAUCCCCUCAUUUAUUGUUUGAGAACAGAAGAGAUCAAAAAGAUUUUAAAACGACCAUUUCAAAAUAAACAAAUCGGCAUUCCUUUACAGCUCCUCUAA